AUGAAAGUCAAACUAAAGAAAUGGUUUAUUUCAACGUCAAAACGUCGUCUUUACAUGUUACUCAAAGUGUUUAUCAUAAUUGUGAUGUUUGGCAUUUAUGUUGCCAUUCUCAUGAAGGAGUCCAUGUCGGUGAUUGAACAAACGAAAAAUCAGCAACAUCAACAGUUGAAGCAGCAGCAACACAAUGGCCCAACGAGUAACAAUGAUAAUAAAAAUUCACACAAUUAUGAUGUAAAAACGGGAAAUAAUAAAAUUAUUGUGCCAAAGAAGCAUCAUCGACAUCACAGCAGCAACAACAAAAAACAACAUUCAGCGAGUGAAACGAAGGUCGUGGUUCCCGUGGCAGCGGCUUCUUCUACUCUCAAUCCGAUUUACGAGUAUUCGGAGGAGCUGAAUGCGGCAGCGGAACAGGAUUUUAACGAGAGACGACAAACGCUGCAAGAGGCUUGCGUCAAAUGGAAGUUGGUGGACAAGUACCCCGUGAAUUCGUGGGAAUUCUUUAUUUCGCCGGGACAUGGCUUGGCGUGGUGCAAUAUUUUCAAGGCGGCAAGCAGUGCGUGGAUGUAUUAUUUUAAUAUUUUGGGUGGCUACAAUUUACAAUAUUUGCAAAGAACGAAGGCAUCGCCAAUCGAAUUGGCUCGAAAACGUUUCCCCCGACCCAGUCAGCCCGAACUUAUCGAAGCUCUAUCGUCGUCGGUGUCAUUUCUGAUCGUCCGGGAACCUUUCGAGCGCUUAUUAUCGGCGUACCGAAACAAGUUGGAGGGUUGUCGCAACAAGUAUUAUAAGCUGUUAGGUGAACAAAUAGUUAGAAAAUUUCGUAGAGAUAAAAAUAACAAACCAAUUAACAAUAAAAAAGCCCACAAAUUAUCCAAGCACUCUGGACCAACAUUUAAAGAAUUUCUACAAUUUUUGGUACACCAUUACAAGACAGGAGGACGCUUCGAUGAACAUUGGAGCCCAAUUUAUACCUUUUGUACACCGUGUAGCAUUAAUUUAACAUUGAUUGCCAAAACAGAAACAUUUCAACGUGAUACUGAAUAUAUUAUAAGACAAGCGGGGCUCGAGAGUCUGCUACUUGAUAAGAUGCCAAAGAAAUCCGUCAAAGUUAAGACGAUUGCGAAUCGGGCUACGAAUGGCGAUACGAAGAGUCUGAUACCAAAAUACUUUGCCCAAAUCGAUGAAAACCUACUUCGUGAAAUUUUGGAAAUUUACGAGCCGGAUUUCGAAUUAUUUGGCUACAACAGCACGAAAUAUUUUGAUUUGGUGCAGUCGCAAGCCGAACUAAAUGUCUUUGUGGACACAAAUCAACACUUAAUGGUGGAAAAUUCAACAGUGAAAUGAGUGAGAGGGAACUUGCA